CGGGUGGAGUGAGGCGGCGCAGGGCUCGAGCUCGGCUCCGCGAGCGGAAGAGGCGGCAGCAGCGGCGGCGACACAAGCCAAGGAGGAGCUCAGGACGCUGCUCGGGAACCGGGACCGGGAGUGCCGGCGCCCUGAGCGCUCCGCUCCAGAGGCGUCAUGGCCGAGUACGGGACUCUCCUUCAGGAUCUGACCAACAACAUUACGCUGGAAGACCUGGAACAGCUCAAAUCAGCCUGUAAGGAGGACAUCCCCAGUGAGAAGAGUGAGGAGAUCACUACGGGCAGUGCCUGGUUUAGCUUCUUGGAGAGCCACAACAAGCUGGACAAAGACAACCUCUCCUACAUUGAGCACAUCUUUGAGAUCUCCCGCCGUCCUGACUUACUCACUAUGGUGGUUGACUACAGAACCCGUGUGCUGAAGAUCUCAGAGGAGGAUGAGCUGGACACCAAGCUAACCCGUAUCCCCAGUGCCAAGAAGUACAAAGACAUUAUCCGGCAGCCCUCUGAGGAAGAGAUCAUCAAAUUGGCUCCCCCACCGAAGAAGGCCUGAGCAAAGGGGAGGAAGAAGAGGAAGGUUGGACCUUCAUCGGACCACUCCCUUCCCCAUCCUCCAUGGUUAUGGGCAAGGGCAACCCCCCAUGUACCCACUUACUAACCUGGUCCUAACCUCCUUACUGUGCGCGUGUGUGUGCGUGUGCGCACGCUCUGGCUGUCUGUCUAUAUGUCUAGCUCAUCUAGUUCCUCCUCAUGAGGGGAUGGGGGUCAGGGGAUAGGGGCUUUAGUUUCCCCACCCUAGGGGAGAGACAGGGGCUAUUUCUAUGCAAAUAGAAAUUGGCACGUUCCUCCUACUUCCCUUUUCUCCACUCUUCCCUCACAUCUUUAAAGUGUGGAAGCAGAAAAGACCUGCAUUUUCCUACACUGAGGAGCUGAGGUGGAGAUAAGGUAUAGGAGAGGUGGGCAGAUAAAAGGAAAAGCAGUGGGGAGGGAAGGUGAAGAGUCCACUAGCCCCUACAUGGAAGGGGCAAAGAAAAGCCAGACUUCAGUAUCUGUGUCCCCUUGAAGGACUGCCUGAAGAGUCCAGUUUCCUGCUGCUCCUCAGGUUGGAGGGCCUCGGUGCCAGCAGGUCCCCUUUUUAUGGCCUUCUUAUGGGCCUAGGGUGGGUAUGAGCCAGGGAUCUAAUGAGAGCAGCCCACUGGAUCCUUUCCUGGUCCCAAAGAUCAAAUCCUAUGGAACAGCUAGCAUUUGAUCCCUCCCCACCCCAGACAAUGCUGGGAAUAUGCACCACUGAGCCUGAAUUGGGGACGCAGGCAGAGAGGGGCCCCUUUCCACACCCUUAGUCCUACUCAGACUGUUGCGUACACUGACCCUGAACCUACAGGGUCCCCACAUGGAUAUUACAGGCAACCUGCUCUCUUUGCUUAGUCUGGAACACUCUUAAGCCAGAAAGAAGUGAAACUAGUGUUUUCGUUUGCACUGAUCCCCAUCCCAGUUCAAUCCAGGAGGGGACUUGGUGACCCUUCUCACUUGAUAUCCUGGCCCCUUGGGCUUGUGGACGCCUCCUAGCCAAAUCACUAUAGUACAGUGAGUGACCCCAGCCUCCUGCCUGUCCCGACACCUUUCCCCACCCUGACCGUGCUAACUGUGUGUACAUAUAUAUUCUACAUAUAUGUAUAUUAAACCCGCACUGCCAUGUCUGCCCGUUUUUGUGGUGUCUAGCAUUAACUUAUUGUCUAGGCCAGAGCAGGGAUGGGAGGGAAUGCCACAGUGAAGGGAGUGGUGGAGUCAAACUGCUACAUACUCCAAACAGAAAAGAAAGCCUUUUAAAAACAAUAAAAAUCAACAACAAACAUUAAAUUUACAUGCAGACUUAGAAACUAGAAAAAGUUGAAGCUAGGUGUUAUCAGGAUGUAGGAGCAAAACUUGAUAGUGGGAGGGGAGGGCUGGCUGUUGAAGAGGGAAGCCAGACUGGUUAGAGCACGCUUGACUCCUAGCCCAGCCGUCUGCCCAUCCCCUCUGGCCACUGCUGCGGACACCUGCCUUAACAUACACACCUUGAGGACUCCAUGGUUUUGCCUUAAAGGACCUUCCCAAGUCUCACCAGCUGUCUGGCUUCUCCCUUAAGAGAUACUUGUAAACUGGGAUGGGGGAUGAGGAUGACUGUCCUUCCAUUUGGGGUAUUAUGUCAGAGCAGGAGUAAGAGAGAAUAAGGAGUCUUUUUCAUGCAAGAAAUGGGAGAAGAGAGACAGGGUUAUUUUCAGCAGUCUAGUAGAUUCUCUCUGUAAGGCAAAAUAAUCUAAACAGACUAACCUGCCCUCCCACUCUCUGUACUGCUGUGAGGUUGCCCCUACCCUGUGCUCCUCUGUCUGCAGUGUGCACGGCCUUGUUCUAACCCUGGAAUAAAGGUGACUGAGUGUACUGUA